AAAUUAUUUACUUUUUAAAUAGGAAUGAAAAUGAUUUCUGAAAACGUUACAAUGGGAAUUUUUCUCUUCUGCCAGAUUAUAGUGGGAGUGCUUGGCAAUUUCUCAAUACUAUUUUAUUAUGUCAUUUUGAUAUUCAUUGGAAAGCAUUUACUGCCCAAAGACUUGAUUAUAGAGCACUUGACUUUUUCCAACUGCUUGACUAUCAUCUUAAGGGGCAUUCCAAGGACAAUGUCAUAUUUUGGAUUUAAUGUCUUCCUGGAUGACAUUGGAUGUAAAUUGAUCAUGUAUAUUUCCCGAAUAACAAGAGGUAUGUCCAUGCAUGCCACAUGCAUAUUGAGUUGUUUUCAAGCCAUCACAAUCAGAUCCAGCAACUUCAAGUGGAUGAAGCUUAAAUACAAAGCCACCAAGUACAUUGGUCCCUUCUGCUUAGUCUCUUGGCUUUUCCACCUGCUUCUAAACAUUUUGAUUCCAGCAAGAGUGUCAGGCCCCAGUUACAAGGAAAAUGUGACUAAUAGGUUGAGCUAUGAAUACUGCUCAUUAUUUACUUCUGACCAUGUGGGAGCUGCACUCUAUAUGUUCUUAUUGUGCUUCUCGGAUGUUUUAUGUCUAAGUCUCAUGGCCUGUUCAAGUGUCUCCAUGGUGAGUACCCUUUACAAACAUAAGAGACAAGUUAGGAAUAUUCACAGUGCUCAACACUUUCAGAAAGUCUCACCUGAAGACAGAGCAUCAAAAAAUAUCCUCAUCCUUCUGUGUAUAUUUGUAAUCUCUUAUUCAUUGUCUUCCCUUGUUGCUGUCAUUAGGACCUGUUCCAAAUAUCCAGUGCCAUGGGCACUGAAUAUAUUUACGUUGAUAGAAAUAUGCUUUCCAGUAGUUUCUCCCUUUGUUCUCAUCACCAAUAUGAAGUUAAAUUUUAGCCUGUUUUUACCGUGCUUUGGUAAGAGAUAA